AUGGCGAGUGUUCGACGAAUCAGCUGGCUGCUCGCGCUUGCCGCCAUACCAGCAGCCAGAGCAUCUUGGGAUGAGCCAUUCUACGGCUCCUACCAGCCUUUUGCACCUGGCUACACGUAUGGUAAGGUCUCUGGAAGCAGAAAUUCUGCUGUCAGAUCACUUUGUUGACCCGUUCUCAGGCGCAUACCCUCAAGAUUACGGCGUGUCGGGUCCGCCAUUGGAGCCGGUGCAUGAGUCUCAGAAAGCUCCCACGGGCCUUGCUGUUGACCUCAAACACAACCUCUAUCUCACGUCCGCGCCGCCUCAACGACAUCGGUCGAAAUGGUAGCUAAUCUGAUGCAGAUAUCCCAGGAACUCCGGCCUGACGCCGAACAAUGUUGUCAUCUGCAACAGCUUCAGUGAAGAGAAGCCUUGGCCUAAUGCCCAGAUCCAGAACUGUACCGCGGGCCAGGAUCCGUCGACGUGCUUUGUCAAUGUGCAGAAUGUCGUUCUGGAUUCCCUCGGGCAGCUGUGGAUAGUCGACAGCGGCAUUCCCGCGGGUGCAGCGUCGGGGAGCAAUGCGGUGUACGGCGGCUCCAAGAUCAUGGCGUUCAACCAGACGGGCGAGCUCCUGCGAACCUACGUGAUUCCACGAGAACUCCUCUCCUACCAACAGAACGCCAACGAUGUGCGAAUCAACAAUACUCUCGGUACCAAAGGGCAUGUAUUGCAUAAGAACUUUGUCUUCGAACAACCGAGCCUGCUAACGUUUUUUGCUUACAGAUACGCUUUCAUCACCGAUGAGAGCACCAACUCAAGUGUACUGUCCAUCAACCUCGACGAUGGCAGCGUCCUACGUCGUCUGUUCAACACAUCCGUAGUCCGAGCCGAUGAAGGCUACGUCGGUUCCUACGACGGCCAUCUAGUGUACUGCUGGAACGGUAGGUCCGUCACUCCGCUUCCACCACCACCACCAACUAACAAUCUGCAGGCACCAUGAAAGGCUAUUGCACCACCGGCGCAGACGGCAUAGCCCUCGCAAGCGGAAACAUCUACUGGGGGGUCCUCGCCUCACGACGCUUCUACUUCGUUUCCCAAGAGACCUUUGUCAAUCCUUCCCUCACCGACCAACAAGUCCUAGCCGCCGUCCAGUUCCCCGGCCAAUGUGCCUCCGAGCAAGCAGGUCUCACGGCAGACGAUCGCGGGCGUGUGUAUAUUUCCGCGUCUGAGCAGAACGCCAUUUACUACGUGGACACGCAGCAGUCGGAAGUCAACGAGACUGUCAAUGGCACUCCGCCUGGCGGCUCGGGCCCAGUGGCGACGGAGAACUAUGUUGUCCAAACUCUGGUGAGAAAUGCUAUGAUUCAGCAUGCGGAUUCGCUUGCGAUUCUGGAUGGAUGGCUUUAUUUCACGACGAAUCAACUUGAGCUCAGUCCUGGAAGGACUUAUAACAAUACGGAUCUGAGGAAGGGCCCAUUCAGAAGCUACCGUGUUUGGAUCGGAAGAGGGCCGGCCGCGUAA